GAGCCUUCUCCUGGGUGCUGGGGGAGUGAUGCAGGCUGUAGCAAAGGUGAUUCCUGUUUAGGGAGCAUGUACUUGCUAGACACUUUCUUGCAUGACUCUGAGGUUGUGGAUAUUUUUGUUUCCAUCUCUGCCUUACAGUUAAGGAAAUUGGUACUCAAAGAGGACAUGUGACUCACCCACAAUGUCAGGCAGGGGACGUGCCUUAGGAGACAGACCUGGCCUGGGGUGGCCUCCUGGCUCUUUCACUCAAACACUGAAAGUUGGGGGUUCCCAUGGUUGUUAUGACUAUAUGGCAGAACCCAAAGGCAACCUGAGGCCCAGGACCCUAGAGCUUGGGCUCUCGCUUCUGCUUUGCCCAACACACAGUCAGGGUACCACCCCAGCCCCCAGCAGCCAGGCCCCAGAACCUUGCCUGUUAGUGGGAGGGCCCUGAACCCCGAGCUGACCUUGGGAACCUCAGGAAGUGGGGUUCAGGCCAAGGAGGCACCCCACAUGCCCCACCUCACCGAGGUUAGGAAGGGGGCUUGUCUCAGAGGGGCUUUCUGAGCUACAGCGCUACAAAGUUAUCAAACCUGCAUAUUACAUAUAUGCCUCUUCCUAGGGCUCCAGUUUCAAAUAUUUAGCAUCUGGAUUGGAAGGGGAAGUAGGCGAUUUAAAAAUUCUUAUAUUGAAACAAACGUCAAAGUACCAGAAAGCCAAAUGAAGAUAUGCAGCCUGCUUUGAAGGUGAAAUGUAUGUGCCCAGAACCCCAGAGUGCUUGUUCCCUUGCCCCACCUUAGUCACCAUCAGGAGCACUUCUCAGAGGCUUCAGAACCUGCUCUGUGCUCCUUGGUUUUAUAAUCCUGACAAAGAAGGGUGGAGACUCAGAGAGGCCUGAGGCUUGCCUUAGGUCACAUAGUCUGGAGGUGUCAGAGCCAUUGAUGCCAGCCCUCGGGCACUUGCCACUGUACCACCCUCCUGCCUCCUCACCAGCUGGCAGUGGCAGGUCUCAGGCCAGGCUAGGGAGAGCCCCCUGCACGGGCUUUCAAGGGCAUAUGUAGUAGGUGUGAUCUACCCCUUCCAAAGGGAUUAUUGUAGUCAAGGAUGUGUUUGGCUCUGAGGAGCAGGGACUACUCAGUCCUGCUCAAAUCAAAGCCUAUUUGCUGAAAAAGCCCAGCUCACCAACUCAGGGGCAGCCAAGGGUGGUAGAGAAACAGAAGUUGGGGCUCAAGGUUCCUUCAGCUCUGCUAAUGCUCCCUACUCUCUGUAUCUUCCCCCUCAGUCAGCUUCUUCUGAAUGUGGCCCUAGCAGUGGCUUUGUCACUUUCCAGUUCAAUUUCCCAGCCCCCUCUCAUUUUCUCAGCCCAUGUUCCAUAGCCUGGAGAGGGGUCUGCCCAGCCCAGCCCACCUGUGGAUUCUGGGCUAGGUGUCUAGUCUGGCACAAUCUGCUGGUCCCCUGAGAAGGGGUGUGUGUGAGAGCACAAUCAUGUCUGGUGCAGGGCCCCACCAUAAGAGAUAAACAGAGAUAAACAGAGGCCCUCCCUGGGGAUUGGGGACCAGGUUUGUAUUUAGCCUUAACUUAGAUCUGUAGACCUCCAGACAAACCACUUCCCCUCUUUCACAGCUAUACGAUGGUGCCUGGGUUUACAUAGCAUGUUCAUGCUUAUCAGCUCAUCAUGUUGCAGGAUUUUUUACCACAAUACCCAGGAUUCGUUGUCUCACUGCUUUGAAGAAUGAAGAGGUGGACACAAAAUGAACAGCCGGCAAAAGUUUAUUAGAAUAUAAGAUUAGAAAGGAAGAAGAAUAGGAAAGCUCUCUUUACAGAGAAGAGACAUUCAAAAGUGAACGCCCGAGGACUAUAAGGCAAGGGUCCCUGUUUUAUAAGGUUCUGGUCAGCCCUCCCCCUUCCUUUCCCCCUUGUUCCUUCCCAAGUUCUACCCUUUUUGGCUUGAUAGUUCUAGGUGCUGGGUUGUCCAUUCCUGAUUGGUGGUGAGGGAUGGUCAAUGGCCAUACUUAGGUCUUUUGUCAAAUUCCAGAAGAGAAACCUGAGGUGGAGUAGCUGGGGCCUGUUACACUCUUAAGAGGAACCUGGACACUCCCAGCAUUGUUCCAAAAUAGGUGUUUUUCCCCACACAGGGACCUCAGGCCCUAAUCUUUUCCUCUCUGCCUACUGAAUCCUGUCUUCUCCUAUCAUAAUCAUAUCACAGAUGGGAAACUGAGGUCCUAGCAGUGAUUUAUCUAGGGACAUGCAGUGACCAGAGGAGAGGUCUAUCUCACAGCCUCUGUAGCACAGUUGCUAGAAAUGGGUUCUCCUGCCCCUGGUGCCACCCAGAGUCCCUCUCUGAAUUACCUGCUUCCCAUAGUACCCUGGGCCCCCCAUGGGCAGAACUUGGAUCUAAAGGAUUUGGGAGUCUGUGGGCAAGGAGAGACUGCUCUGGGCUUUUGGGUGGACCCCAGGGAUAUGGAAGGAACCCCUGCUCCCAUUUUUGCACAAGGAAAUAUUCUAUAGAGAAUCUUGCUGCCUACAAGUCAAGGCAGGUUAAAAAACUGGGGCUCUGGACCUAUGCAAAACUAAUCUGAAUGCCCCCACCAGCACUCAGGCUGCACAACCCCUGCUUUGGGCUGUGCUCUCAGCUGCUGCCUCGUCUCCCACCACAACAUGGGCAGCUCUCUCUAUCCUGCCAUGGCCCACUCAGGCCUUAUCUUGACUAAUCUUCAUUACUCAUAGCCCAUCCCUUACCAGGCAGGGCAGGUAGGAGGUGAGCUGCUUUGUGGCGGUCUUGGAGGAGUUGUAAACACUGUUUACCACACUCCCUGGGAGCUCAGCUCUGAGAAGGCCAGGGUAUUUACUAUCUUUAAAAUCAUUAUUAUUAUUUUUUUAAUUAAAGGAAACUUACUGGAAAACUGACAGAAUCUCAAAAAGAAUAUAACUCUUAGGUGGCACUGAUUCCUCUUCUUCAGGAAAUAUAGAAGGAGGGAGGUUGCCCCCUUGGCUGGCUCAGUUUCUCUCCCACAACCCUUCCUAGAGAAACCCUGUCCAAAUACUCCCUUAUUUUAGUCCUUGACCUAGAAAUCCCUUAGCCUACAAUUUGGGCUAUUAAGCAGCUAUUUGCAGUCUCCAGCAGGCAUCAGAAUCACCAGAGGCAAGUGUAAAAAUGCAGAUUCCUGGGCCCACCAGAAACCGUAUGAUUCAGCAGCCCUCCAGUGAAGCUGGGGACAAGCGUCGAGGGAGGACACGGUACUAAUCCUUGCCCCGUGAUUGUGAUGGGGCUUGGGGGACGCUUGCUGUCAUCCCGCGGUCUGACCACGGCGGGGCGCCGCGGACCGAGCUAAGUGGUUCCCCUUUGGGAUCUUGUUCCUCAGAACAGGGCUGCGGUCAUCAGGACUUGCUUGUCAGACAGCAGGCCAAGGUUGAGCCGUGUUCCAGUGGGCAGGAGCUUCCGCAGGAAAGGAAGCCGGACGUCAGGAAAGAGGCUCACAGUUGGCAGUGGGCACCUACCUGCUCCAGACAUUCAUUCCACCUUGGUUCUUGGCGCACACUUCAGAGCUCAGAGUCGAGCCUGGAAUCCGAAACAGCUUGUUCUGUUCUGGGGUGCGUUGUUUGCCCAACUCUGAGCUCAGAGAGCAUCCGUUGUUCAGAUGGGAAAACGGAGACCGAAACAGGGGCAAGGGCUUAGUGGCUGCUGCUCUGACUCCCAGCCCACCCAGGGCUCUUUGUCCUGUUAGGGGGCAGAGGGUGGACCCCAGAAAGUCCAGCUAUGAGUCAGCUCUGAGUGCCCAGGGGACGGGACAGGGGCUGUUGGCUAGGGAUAGAUGCUGGCUGGCACCCCGCUUCCACAAAUGUCGGUGGCCUUGGUGAUUCAGUUUCCUUGCGCCUGCCUAGAAGGGGCCGGCCCUGGGCUGGGAGAGGGAGGAGGUGCUGAGAGUAGGGAGGGGCUAUGGAGGGGCCUAAGGGGCCCGGUGGUCCAACUCAUCUGGAUGCCGAGGUCCCACGGAGUAACUGUAGCCAGAGAUCGUGUGGCCCCGAGACUGGUCCUGGAAUGGGGGUUCCUGGGUGGGGGUCCUUGAAGGUGCAGUCUCCUGUGAGGCUGGGGGAUUUUAUUGAGAUCCCUCAGAAAGGCACCCUGUUGUCCCCGCCUCGUGUUGGUCUCUAUGGGGGCUUGCCUUGGCGCUGGGUGUGAAGGGGUCUGAUCCCUCACUGGUGGGAGGAGUAAGGAACAGGCAGCCUGAACACUCCAGCUGGGGGUCUCGGCUGAGGGGAGGACUUCUUGGAGGAUGGAGGAGGGGCUGUGAGCAGGCGGCGUGGGGGCGGAGCGAGACCGCCCACCCGGCUCCGGGGGCGGUGCCUGGCCAGGGGCGGUGCUGGGGGCUCCCCCCAACUUUCCGGGUGGGGCGCGGGCGGCGGCGGUGGAGGCGGGGUCUAGAGCUCGGGGCCUCGCCCGCCGCGCCGGCUCGGGCUGAAGCCUGGCGGGAGGUGCUGCCGGAGCCGGAGCCGCAGCCGCAGCCCGAGCCGCCGGGAGCCGGAGCCGCCAGGAGCUGGAGCCGGAGCCGGGGCUAAAAUACAGGCCUUGCCGCAGCCUAACCGAGCCGAGCUCGUCGCCUGGCACCAGCCUGAGCGCGGGCCGGUGUGUCAGCCAGCCGCAGGGCCUGGGCGCACUGGCGGAGGGAGCGAGCCGCGACCACCGGACACCACCGGGAGCGUGUGCCCGGAUCGCCCCUGCCAGGCCUGGGCCCGGCCUGAACAAGCAUUAGGUCGCGGGGUCUGGACCAAAGAGAAAAAGGAACGAGGGUUCCAUCUAAUUGUGGAGUGGGCUUAAAAGCGGGAAGAAGAGUGGAGACUUCACCUAGGACUGAGCAGAGGUGCCUGCAGCUUACUAGGCCAGGCUGGAGCACCAGAGAGCCUGGCAUCCCAGCAGCUACGACCUGGGUUCUGUCCUGCCUGAGCCAGGAAUACAGCAUAGCUCCUGGACCUUGGCUGGCACAGGCCUGGCACAAGAAGCAGUGCCUUAACCUGUCUGAGACUGGGCCCAGGACCCGAGGAACUUGGGAUCAGGCCUGGCCCAGAGUGGGACUCUCUGGUGGCCCAGAGCUGGUCACUGGGGAGCUGUCCUUCUGCCCCAGACCCACUGGUACGGAUGUGUCGCUGCUCACUGGAGCACCAUGACGGCAGGAUGACCUCAGCGGAGGCAGUGGCAGUGGCCAGUGGUGCUCGGGUGGCUGGGUCCCCCGAGUGGCCCCCCGACACUCCCCAGGCCCUUGGUCGGCCUGGCCGGGUCAGGGUGGCAGUGGCAGCGCUGGUGUGGCUGCUGGCAGGAGCCAGCAUGUCGAGCCUCAACAAGUGGAUCUUCACUGUGCAUGGCUUCGGGCGGCCCCUCCUGCUCUCAGCGCUGCACAUGCUGGCAGCAGCAUUGGCAUGCCGCUGGGGGGCACAGCGCCCCAUGCCCAGCCGCACCCGCCGCCAAGUGCUGCUGCUUAGCUUCACCUUCGGCACCUCGAUGGCCUGUGGCAACGUGGGCCUGAGCGCUGUGCCCCUAGACCUGGCACAACUGGCCACCACUACUACACCACUGAUCACGCUGGCCCUGUCAGCGCUGCUGCUCGGCCGUCGCCACCACCCGCUACAAUUUGCUGCCAUGGGCCCACUCUGCCUGGGGGCUGCCUGCAGCUUGGCUGGUGAGCUCCGGACACCUCCUGCUGGCUGUGGCUUCCUGUUGGCUGCUACCUGCCUCCGUGGCCUCAAGUCCAUUCAGCAGAGUGCCCUGCUGCAGGAGGAGAGGCUGGACGCGGUGACCCUGCUGUACGCCACCUCGCUGCCCAGCUUCUGCCUGCUGGCGGGCGCGGCCCUGGUGCUGGAGGCUGGUGUGGCACCGCCGCCCGCUCCCACCAACUCCCACCUCUGGGCCUGCAUCCUGAUCAGCUGCCUCCUGUCCGUGCUCUACAACUUGGCCAGCUUCUCCCUGCUGGCUCUCACCUCUGCCCUCACCGUCCAUGUCCUGGGCAACCUCACUGUCGCGGGCAACCUCAUCCUGUCCCGGCUCCUGUUUGGCAGCCGCCUCAGCGCCCUCAGCUAUGUGGGCAUUGCACUCACCCUUUCAGGAAUGUUCCUUUACCACAAUUGCGAGUUCGUGGCCUCCUGGGCUGCCCGCCGUGGCCUCUGGCGGAGGGACCAGACUGGCAAGGGUCUAUGACAUCUAGGGGAAUAUGUGGGCUCCUGGAACAGCCCCAGCCUGAAUCCAGCCUCGGCCAGUGGCCAUGGGAAAAGUGGAGAGCAGGCAGCUACUGGGGCCAUGGGAGAGAGAGGGGCCUUCUGGAAAGGCCACCUUGGAAGCUGGCAUGGGGAUUCCCAGACACCCACCUCCUGUCCCUGCCUGCCUCUCAUCACAGACCUCACUCACCACUGGAUGGUGGGUCCAGACCUGGCACAGUCACUGUGCUUGUCGGACUGAUUAUUAUGAUUAGCAUCAACUACUACUCCAAAAAUUUGGAAAACCUCACCAUGUUCUGAUGACGACGAUGAUGAUUCUUGGCGAUUGCACAAUCCUUCCUCCAGGAAGUGGGGGAGGCAGCUAGGGGGCCCAGGGAAGGGCUUCUUUGUUGCUGGGAUCCCCUGGGGAUUGGGGUCAUCUAUGCCAAUUCCAGGCAGCUGCUGUAGCCUCACCCCUGGGCCCCCCAAUUUUGGGUCUUCCAUCCUUAAAUAAACUAUUUUUGCUUGUA